AUGGGAGGAGGAUUACUGUUGUUGUCCACUUGGGAGCAUUUCAUUGGCAGACUGGCGGCGAAGGGAAACAACGUCUCCAUCUAUUCAAUGGUUCGUAAAUCAAUAGGACCGUUGGGAGAAGGUGUUCACGCCUUGGAAACUGUACUCUCCAACGAUCAAAAAACUGGCGAUAUGUUGGAGACGGUGGACAAAGUUUUUUGGUUCCUCGAAAUGGAACCUGAGCUUUAUGUGACUCCUCAUCGUGUCGGUCUUGAUUAUUUACAUCAUAGCCGUAAAGAUGAGAUUUUCCAGAAGGUGAUGAGCACUCCAUUUGAUUUGGUGAUUGUGGAUGAACUUUUCGCCACAGCACAAGGCGCUAUGGCGUUGAAUUUACGAAAAACGUUCGGCACAAAAGUGGCCACUUUUUCGACGACAGAUAUGUCAAAUUCGUUCAGUAUGUACCGUGCGAUUUCACGUAAUCCGGUGACAAAUCCAAACUACUACUCAAAAGGUUAUAAUAUUCACAAAUUUGAUCUGACCGAUUUUUAUGGACGUUUUGACACCAUCCGUGACGCGAUUGUUGAGCAGGUUGAAGGACUAAAACCUCAUGUGAAAAUCCUUUCGUGGGCCCCACAAAAUGAUAUACUUUCACACAACAAAACAAUUCUAUUUUUCACCCAUGGAGGCUUGAAAAGUGUCAAAGAAGGAAUUUGCUCGGAUACGGCGAUGCUUUUUCUUCCGUUUUUCGCUGAUCAACCUCGCAAUGCUUUGUUUGCACGGGAAUUAGGCGUUGCUGAAUUUAUGUACAAAAAAAAUAUUACCGUGGAUGAACUGUCCUAUAAAAUCCAUAAAGUGCUUGAUGACUCAAAUUACGGUCAGCGAAUACGAAAGACGGAAAUGAGAAGAGAAGAUGGAAAAAAUAUAUCUCCGAUUUGUUGCAAUAGGUUUCAGACAUUGAGAAAAUUUCUGCGACAACAAAAUCGUGAGAAUGUUAAGAUGUCUCGUAGAAGAGCUCUAGUAAUAAGUAUAUUGCCAUUGCGAAGAAUUCUAUUGUAG